UUUUUGGACAGUCGUUGUGCAGGAGCUCGACGAGUUUCAACCGUGAGACCAGAAGCGGGGCAGGCGAACCGGCAUCCCAAUGGGCGUCAUUUACAAGAUACUUAAACAGCAGCGGCAGCAUCAACGGCAGCAGCAGCGACAGGGACUUACCAUGGACCUGCGUCUAAGCUCGGUCACCAAGUGCAAAAUGCAGGCGGCCAUCAAGCAGCGCCAGCAGCAGCGACGACUUGAGGAUCACCUGGGGACAGGGCCAGAGCCAGGGCGGAGCCAGGAGAGGGAUCACAACAAGGAAGCGCUGGCGGCACAUCAGUUGCAACAGCUCUGCUGCUUCCUCUCCGAGAAUACUGCCCGCAAGCAGUGUCAAAGCUUCAAGCUGCAAUACGACAGCGAACUGCCAGCGGAACUUGAUGACGAUCGGGAACACGAACAAGAACGCGAAAGGGAACGGGAACGGGAACAUGUUAAUCUCUCACCGCCAGGUCAUGUCAUGGAGAUGGAUCUCAUCGAGAAGCUGCAUCAUGACCACUUACCUUACACAGCUGCCAGAAAGACAGUGUCCACGGCACCACGUGACAGCAUCCUAAUGAAAAUACGCCACCAAAUCUUUGAGCGAAAGCGACAGCAGCAGCGGCAACUGGCGGAGCUGGUGCAGCAGCGACUGGUGGUAUGGCGCCCAUGGUAGGGCUCUCCAGGCAGGAUAUACUUCUGGUCGUAACCAAAAGCGAGAGAGAGCGAGCGAGAGAGCGAGAGAGAGAGAGAGAGACUCCAAAACUGAAACUAGUCUAGGAUUAGGCUGUAAAAAUUCGUUCGGUAUUAUUCCUGCUGCCACGUGAUGACGAUCACACUGCUCUUCCAUUUCCCCCCUUCUAUUGUACACCCACAACCAUUUUUUUUGCUGUUAAUUAACUAAUUAUAGUUAGCUAUAAUGAAUUAUCCAUAGCAUAGGUAGACGGACGACGAUUAUGUGAAAGUUGCAAGCGCUUCCCAUGUAUCCCAUGUAUAUUA